AUGUCCUUCUACUUCUCGGACACGGCAGUGCUGCUGUUUGACUUCUGGAGCGUCCACACCCCCACAGGAACCAUGGGUGCAGGAGGAUCCUCGUGGUUCGGGGAUGGGCACGGGCAGCAGCUCAGGCACCCCAGCAAGCCCCCAUCCCUCUCCCCACUCCCCAAACCCAUCUCUGGCCGCUCCGGGAUGCUGGGGGAGGGGGGAGAUGCCAGCUGCCCCGGCAGCGAUGCCCCCAUCGCUGAUGGGGUUUCCCAUCUUCUUCACAGGUGGUUUCGGUACCACAUCGGCCAGACGCUGUUCCACGUGGUGCAGGUGGUGCUGGGCUACAUGGUGAUGCUGGCCGUCAUGUCCUACAACGCCUGGAUCUUCCUCGGGGCCAUCGCGGGCUCCACACUGGGCUAUUUUGUGGUGUACCCCCUGCUCGGUCGGGGCUAGGCACCCCCCCGGGAUGGGGGGCGAUGUUCUUCCACACCUCCUGCUACUUUGUCUGGAAUAGCUGCUGUCACUUCUGCUGGGUCUGUCCUUGUCCUCGUGCUGUGUGGGACGCAGCACCCCAGGGACUUGCUGUGGGGACCCUCGGUGCUGGCCCGACUCAGGUGGGGAGGCGCUGGGGAAGGGGAGCCCCAUGGCCAGCACUCUGCCACGCUGCCACCGCCACUGUCCUCGGCUGG